AUGUACCCUAAGCCGUGUUGGAACUUGAGAAGCUUUCCAAAGGGAGAGCGAAACUGCUACAAUAUAAAAGUGAAGCCAGACACCAAGUAUCUGAUCAGGGCCACAUUCGUAUAUGGAAACUACGACGGGCUUAAUGCGGUUCCGAGCUUCGACCUCUACCUGGGUCCCAAUAUGUGGACAAGGGUGGUGCAUGCUAAUGACACUAAUAAGGAGGUCAUCCACGUCACGGCGGGAUCCCAAUCUUUGCUGCAGAUAUGUCUAGUCAACACAAGAACAGGCACACCGUUCAUAAACGUCUUAGAGCUACGACCGCUAGAUCCAAAGGCCUACGGUAAUCCAAGUGGUUCGCUCAAGAACUUGUUCCGGUGGUAUCUUGGCCCUUCAGAAGUUCCCAAGAUUCGGUACCCGGAUGAUGUCUACGAUCGUUUAUGGUACCCAAGAAAAUUCCCGGAGAAGCUCUGGAUGCCAGUAGCUACGCAUCUCCGCGUAAACACUAACAACAUGUAUAAUCCGCCAGAAAUAGUAAUGAUGACAGCAGCAACGCUCCUGAACGCCAACGCGACGACGUUGGAUGUUGACUGGAUUCUAGAGCCUCCCACUGCACAGUGUUACCCCUACACUUACUUUUCAGAGCUUCAGACUCUAGGGGAAAACGAUACAAGGGAAUUCUCUGUGUUUCUGAAUGGAGCACUUGUCUAUGGACCUUUAACCCCCGAACCACUACGCGCCAAUACCGUGUUUAUCGCGUUGCCAAAACAAUGCACCGAUGGGAAAUGUGUUUUGCAGAUUACCAAGACAUCAAGAUCAACUCUUCCUCCUGUACUCAGCGCAGUUGAGGUGUACACCGUGAUGGAUAACCCACAGCUUGGAACAAAUGGAAGCGACGUUACUGGUAUCACGGAUGUUCAGAGGACCUAUGAUUUGACAAGACUUAGUUGGCAAGGCGACCCCUGUGUCCCCAAACAAUUUCUGUGGGAAGGUCUAACCUGCAACCACUCGGACAAUUCUACGCCGCCAACCAUCAUUUCUCUGGACUUAUCUUCAAGUGGUUUAUCGGGGGUCAUCCCGGAAGUCAUCCAAAAACUACCUCACCUACAACAACUGGACUUGUCAAACAACUCUUUGGGCGGAGCAGUACCUGAGUUUUUGGCCAACAUGAACUCACUCCUGCUCAUUGUUGAAGGCAACCCACUUGUGAUUUGCACAAUCGGGUCUUGUGUGGAUAAAAACGGAAAAGGAGAUCGCACAAAGGAUGUCGUAGUACCUGUCACUAUAGCCGUGGUGGUUGCUUCUCUUGCUCUAAUCAUCUGCGCCCUUCUUCUCUUCUUCCAUUUCCGACGCAAAAGAUCUCCGGGUGUUGUUGAACUUGAAGGGCCACCACCAUCAAAUAUGCAAGACCCGGAUGAUGCUCUUUUUUUCCCGAUUCACUCGGAGUCGGAGAUUUCUCUUUAA